ACUACCAAAAUAUUGCCUGCGCAUGCAUGGAAGCCCAUUAACGUCCCUGCAUCAUACUACUAGUAUAUAAGUGGAGGCCUCUCUAGUCUACAGUCUACACCCUGCACUCGUCGCUCCUUGCACAUUUCGCUGAUCCAGAAGGCUCGCCAUGGCUGCUGCGACAUUGCUCUUGGCGCUCGCCGUCGUCGCUCUCGGCUCCGGCCAUGUUGUGGCAUUCGACCCUAACCCUCUCCAGAACUUCUGCGUCGCCGACCCCACGUCCAAAGUGCACGAGAACGGGGUGGCGUGCAAGGACCCGGCGGCGGUGGUGGCGGAGGACUUCCUCUUCGGCGGCCUCGACAAGCCGGGCGUUACGACGAGCAAGCGCUUCGGGUUCACGGCGAACCAGGUGCAGAUCCCGGGCCUGAAACCGCUCGAGGAGGCCCCC